AUGGUCUUCAGGGGGAAACCAAGCAAAGGAUGUGGGGAAUGUCGCAGGAAAAAGAUCAGAUGUGAUCAAAUUCGGCCGGCGUGCUCCCAAUGUCUCAAGUCCAGAGACGGCCGUCUGUGUCCGGGAUACCGUGAAGAGCUGGCCCUCAGAUUCUGCGACGAGAGUAACGAAGUGGCCCAUAAAGCUCAAGUUAAGGAGGUCCUUAAGCUGCGACGGCGAGCACAUGGAUCGGUAAAUCCUAGUGACUCAUCUGAAGCGUCCUCUGGCAGCUCUUCCGACUUUGAUGGACUCUGUCUAACAUCGCUUCGCAAUAAAUCUUCAAUUUGCUCAUUUAAGGGAUCAUCUCUUCCCGGUGCGCCAGGACCCUCGGUCGAAACUCAAGGCAUUCAAUACUUCCUUGCCAACUAUGUUACAAGCGAUCCGGAUUUAUGCUCCGGCCAUAUGCAGAACUUGCUUUCUUGGAAGACGACCCAGAGCAAGACUCUGCAAGUUGCCAUGGAAGCGGUCGGCCUGGCAGCAUUAUCGGUCCGGAGGAGCAAUCCGAUAUUGAUGGCCAAUGCACGCCGUCAGUAUGCCCUGGCGUUGCGCAUGACCAAGAGCCAUCUCCAAGAUCCUGCCCAAUGCAAGCAAGAUCGCACAAUGACCGCAGUUGGACUUCUCGGAUUCUUUGAGGUUAUGACCUGCUCAUCGUCCAUGUCGAUGAAGGCCUGGACAAAUCACAUUAACGGCAGCAUUGCCCUACUAAACCUGCGUGGGGUAGAUAUGCUGGAUUCCGAGUUUGGCUCUGCAGUCUUUAUUCAAGCUCGGUCACAAAUUCUCAAAAGCUGCUAUCAGCGCGAAGUACGUGUCCCACCAAUCAUCCUCGAACUUGGUCGCCGACUUCCCCGAACUCCCAACUCCUCCUGCAGCAUAGUAAAUGAUCUCGCCGACUCUAUUUACCGGCUUUGCGAGCUCCGCGCUUCCAUCAGGGAUGGCUCCCUUACCGACCCGUACACGAACAUUGCCUCGCUACUCGAGCUCGACGACGCCGUCGUGAACUGGGGCGCCGAACGUUCUAGCCAAUGGGACUAUACCAUUGUCUUCGACUCGACCAAACCAAGCAUCAUCUAUGACGAUGCCUACGCUGUGUACCAUACCCACUGGAUUGCAGGGGUGUGGAACGUUCAGCGCGCAACACGCAUCUUCAUACAAGAAGCCAUUCUCGCCCAGAUAGACGAGAUGCUGGCCCAGCCUGAACCCAUCAUCACAACGCUAGACCCCCAGUCUCAACGAUCCAGAUCCCUUGCCAUCAUCUGUGAAACAGCCUUCGACAUCUGCGCCAGCGUGCCCUACCUCCUUGGGCACGACAAGCGCUACGACGAACAACUCAGCAGUCCGGCCCCAGCGGUAUGGGCAUACUUCUCUCUGCCGGCCAUCUAUCUUGCUGGAAGUACACUCGGCGUCCCACAAUCCAUGCGGCUCUAUGUACUGGGAAGGUUGAGACAUAUUGGUCAUAGCUUGGGCAUCCAGGAAUCAUUAAUGAUGGCGGCCAUCCUACAAAGCAAGAUUGACGAAGGCAAGGUGGAAGAAUUGGAAGGCCUACCAAGACAGUUUCGGGAAGAGAUGGGCCGAAGCGUAGAGGAGUCCUAUGAUAAAGUGUGCUGGGACGGGGCAUGGGAGAAGAGUUCACAGAACGAGGAACAAGAUCCAGAGUGUGCGGCCGGCGGCAUGUAUUUCGGCGGUUGGGGGCAGCAAGUCGUUAGCUCAGGGUAG